CUGAAAUAGAGACACUGAGCCAAGAAAAGGUGAAAAUGACUGAAGAAAAGGACAAGCUUGAAAUUCACUGCGAAAAACUGACUGAGGAAGCUUCCUAUGCAAAAGAGCUGGCUGCAGAUGCAGCAGUUGAGCUGCGUAACUUGGCUGAAGAAGUGACAAAACUUACUUACCAAAAUGCUAAACUGACUGCUGAUCUGGCUGCUGCAAAGGAGGCUUGUUGUAUAUCUAACUCCUUUCAAAGAUCUGCUUCAUUUGAUGUGAAGAAAAAUAGUGGCAAUGAUGCUCAACCUGAUGCAUGCUCAAGAAAACCCGACAAUGUAUUGGUGGGGGAGUUGCAGCAUGAACUUAACACAAGAUACCAAAAAGAAACUUCUUUGGUAACCGCAUUAUCUGAGAGUGAUGAAAUAGCAGAUGAGCUGCGGAAAAGACUUAAUGAAGCAAAGUGUCGUGAAGAAGAUCUGGAAAAUGAGCUGGCCAAUAUGUGGGUGCUAGUUGCAGAGAUGAGGAAGUCUGGCAUGAAUUAUGAGGACAUUUCUUCACAGGGGGAUCAUGUUUCUAACAAUUUGCAAACAGUAGUUGGAAAUAGAUUUUCUUCAUCUAAUGGUGUUUCCAAAAAACCAUAUGAACAAGACAACAAAUGUGGAAACAUGAAUGAGAAGAGUACAUUUGAAGAAUUAAAAGCUAAUUACCACAGAGAAAGGAGAAGGUGCAAAGAACUAGAAAGUUUGGUUUUGAGAUUGAAGGGAGAUGAUAUUUCUGGUCUCGAUAUCACUUCUCUUGAAGAACUUCAAAACCUUCAUGUUGAGGCUAUUACGAAGAUUUGCCAUGCGAAGGUGCUAUUUCUUUUGUUUGUUUUCUAUCUAUGGAUUUUGUAUAAUGCCAAUGCUUUCUAAUAUUGUAUGUUGCCACGUCUGAUUUACGAUGUAGCCAUGUCUCACAGUUUAUUGUGGGAUUUUUUUACAAUGUCGUGCGUUUCUUCUAUUGCAUCUUUUCUUUGCCCAGAGUUAUAACGUGUAUGGUCUUUGUGAUAUUUUUCUCUGUUAGAUCACUACUAGUCCUAAAAACUUAAGUUGUUAGUAAGAGUAAUCGUUCGGUCUGGAGGCCUGCAACCCAGCCCAAGGCAGGUUGGACUAACCUGAAUGGUACUUAGGCUUAGACCUGGGCCUGCUUGUUGGACUCAGUCCUGCCCGUUAGCCCAACUUGUUAGCCUGUGAGAGGCCACCUGAAAAGCCCGUCUGUUAGCCCGCUUCAUUUAAAAAAAAUUAUUGACUGUUGGGUACAUAUAAUAUAACAUAUAUGGUCAUAACAUAAUUAUGUUUCGGUUUGUUUGGUUUGGGUUUCUCAGCAGCAUGUUAAUACGUUCAGUGUCCUAAUUUUAAUGGAGAAACAUUUUGAUGUGGAUCAUUGCCAGUUUAUCUUUGGGAGAUCAAGAAAUUUAGCUGAAACAAGGCCAAUGAAACUUUAAAAGUGCAAGUGCUUGGUGAAAAUUUACAGAUUAUGAUUUCUUAUAAUGAGAAGACUGGAUCAUUUAUUUCUCCAUUGUCUGGUGGCCCUUUUAUUAUGGCAG